AUGGAGGCUGGUCAUUGGGGCAACACAGCUUCACUUACUGCAGACUCGACCAGUACCGGUAGCGAGCAAACUUCGCGUUCGCUGUCCAAAGAGGAACAAAUAGCUGCCUUCUAUAAGCAUCACUAUGAACAGAUGAGUGCUUUGGUCAAUGAGUCCUCGGUGAUGCGUUGGCAUUAUGCAGGAACUUUCAACACUUUUAUUCGGGAAUUCCAAUAUGUCACAAUUGAGGAUGAGACAACCAACUUGGAAGAAUCCAACCUCCAGAAUCAUAGCUUUGUCUUCGCUGAGGAGGCCUCACUCUGCACAGUGGCCAAAGUAUUCAACAAAUUCCACCAAAGCAGCAAUGUGUCCUGGCCCCACGUCGCCUUGGUUCGAUUCAACAAUGAUUUUGGUGCACUCUCCUCUCCCGUGCCAGGACAAACAGCCAACAUAAAUAUUGGGCCUCACUAUUGGGAGAGGGAGGGAUGCAGAAUGGAGUUUGUUUUGGAAUAUAUCAAUCACCCCGACACCCUUGCCAUAUUCACAAGUCAGUUUCAAGUAUUCCAACAUGAAAAAGUGAUCUCCAUUCCUUUGGGUCUUCCCAGAACCGAUCACUAUCAGCGGUUGCGUAUCAUCCGAGGAUACAAUCCAUCCAAAACAAAAAGAUCAGAGUUAUUGAUGUUGAAUGUCAAGCCUUGGGGGCAACGUGUUGGGCCAAUGAAGCAAAUCCUGCAAAACUUCAAUGCCACCAAGUCCACCAUUGAAGCCAGCAUUUCUGAAAAUGCAUUGGAAAGCUUGACAAUGAAGCAAGUUACUGAAAUGAUCACACCUCAAAACAAUACUCCAACAACUUUACGCAACACAUACCAGCUGUUCCAAAGCUUAGGAGGGGGGAGGGCAAUGUCCUUGUACUACAACCAGAUGAUGAGAUCUCGUUUUGUCUGGUCUCCCACUGGAUUGGCACUGGAUUGCUAUCGGCAUUGGGAAGCCAUGUAUUUGGGAGCAAUUCCAGUGAUUGCUCAUUUGGGUAGAAUGGAAGUAGAUGGAUGGAUGUCUGACACAAUGCGUGAACUCCCCAUUGCUUGGGUGGAACAAUAUGAUCAAAUUACUCCAGAGUUCCUAGAGCAAGCUUUUGACAGGAUUGUUUUGGAACCACCACCAGGUGGGUACCGUUAUGAGAAAUUGACAAAACAGUACUGGAUUGACAAGGCAUAUUCUUUCCUUCCGCCCAAUAGCCCUGGUCUGGACCAGAAACAACAAUGA